AUGCACAUGCCAUGCCGUGGCCACUAUUCUUCCGUCUGCCUUGUAUCACUCCGAGCGCACAAACUUGAUGACAAGUGGCUGAUGAGGUCGCAUCUACAUAAAAAUCCUCCAGGAGGGGUGGGUACCUUCACGUUUACUCGGUUUGCCAUACUUAAUCUCGGCUUGCUUGUCGCCCAACUCCAGCUGGCACUGGGACAGGUUGUGGGUUCCGUGGAAGUCCAUCCUAGCGCAGGCCGAUCAUCGUCUGCAGGUCUUCUGGUGGAUCCGACGCUGAGCGAAGUAGAUGGACUCUUUUCCACAGAUGCAGAUGCGACAUCCUCGCCGCACGCGGCCCCCUCAGUGGCAGCUGCGGUGAAAUCUGCAGCGUCAACUGGAAGUCGAGGGCAUAGAUGUAUGUUUGCAACGGAUCCAGUUGUAGAUGAAGCUGUUACGGUGGAAGAGUACCGGCGGGUCAUGGCGAAGGCCAGGGAUACUGGAAAGGGCCUGAUAAUGAUGUUUUAUUCGGCGUGGUGCCCUCACUGCCUUUCGUACAGACGGACGUUUUCGCAACUAGCAAUGGAUCUCCACCCUCGUUUUCAUUUCGCGGCUAUGAACUGCAUGGAGGGUCAGAGCACCAUGGAUAUUUGUGGCAACUUGGGCAUUGUUGCCCUACCGUCCAUCAAAUUGUUUGUCCCCCCGUCCCUCCACCUGCAAUUGCCGGCCUCUGAACAGCAUCGAAAGGGCGGCACACAACUUGAGGGAAACCUGCAUUUUGAUAUCCCAGAUAUGCCUGAUGGAGGCGCCUUGGAUUCUUUUGACACGUCUCAUCCUGGAAACCUCGCAAUCCAUUCCCUAGCACUCCCGAGCGAUGACAUAUAUCUUGCUGUACAAUAUGCCGCCAGAAAAACACAGCAACAAAUUAAAAAAACCGACCUCCAGCUGACACUCGGAGGUAAAUUUGCCGCCUUCGAGCAUUUGCGCGGCGUUCCGUGCAGUGCAUACAGAUGGCAUCAUGAGCAAUUGCCGGGAUCCGUGGAUUCGCCUGCUUCCCAGCAGCAGACGAAAGAAGGCCGAGGGGUUGGAAGACGUAGUUCGCGAGCGGGUAAUAGCGAAACAACUUGUGGGUCUUCCGCUCGAGCGCGUCUUCACGACGGCAUUAGGGGCCUGCAGUUCAUUUUGGCGAGCUGGGUAGUAACGGAAAGGGAGCACAUGAGCUUUGCUGAUGAGUUUGCGUUGGUGGACUUACUGGAAAUAGUGCGUGCUGUGAUACCUAUCGAGUCGGUAAAGCGGGCAGCUGCUCUCGCAAUAAUCCAUCUUCAUAACUCUAUGCAGGUUCCUCUGCAUGACCUCCCCUUGCGGAAGCCUGAACUCGUCACAAGGGAAAGCCCAAGUUUCUCAGAGGUUCUUGAGCUAUACAUGAAUAUCGACGACAGUUUGCGUUUUACCAAGGGUCUCAAAACAGCAGACUGGCGUAAAUGGAUAGGAUCGGUUUCAUUCGGUGCCGAGGCACUGCCGCUGCCGCCUUUGGAGGAGCCCAAGCUUAAGCACUGCACAACCCUCACAUGUAGUGUGUGGAUGUUGAUGCAUGUGCUGGCGGAGGGGGCUAAGGAGCUCUCCGUUAAGAUCAGCACACACUCCAAGUGCGGACGCGACAAGGUAUUUUUCAAACGAAAAGGCCAGGCGCUACCAAUUUACCUACUGCAGCAGCAACAGCAGCAGCGAAGACCUGUGAACCUUGAUCAAGUUAUUGACACCGCAUCUUUGUCGACUGAAGCUCUAAUUGAGCGAAAUCCAUCAUUGGGUUGCAUGUCCGUCCCCGCCUUCGAAGUCGCUUACGGUAUAUACAAUUUUCUGCGUCGGUUUUUUGGCUGCAACGCUUGCCGACAACAUUUCACCUUGCUAUUUUCACGGCGAAGCCACGGGCUGGAUGCUAUUUCCCCUCCUGCGGGGGAGGCCCACAUCCGCUUGCCUCUUCCCAGAGAUAUAAAAGCACGUAGGCAGGUGCACAUGCAGGUGCCCGUACCAAAUGGAAAUAACAGCUCUUCUCUUGAGGAUUUUAGAGGGCAGCUCGGGGGUUCGAAUUCCGCAUGGACGAAUAGACAGGCGGAGGCGCGCAAAAUGGACGAGCUGAAGCUGUGGCUAUGGAGACUUCACAACGCGGUGACUGUCCGUACAGCCGCUGACACCACGCUCGCCUUCCUGAGGGGCGAUCUCGGAGCUGUCAAUUAUGCGAACUGCGACACAAGGUGGCCACCAAGGGCUGCAUGCGCCAGCUGCAGAAACAUUCAACCUCCAGAGACGGGCUUGGUCUCUAUACCGCUGCUUGUAGCGAGGGAUGCAGACAGAGACAUUCUAGCCGUGGAGGAAGAAUUUGGCGAUUUCAACAAGGCCCAUGUUUUAGACUUUCUGAGGCAAUGGUAUUGGCCAGAUGACGUUGAGGACGUGAAAAUCUGA